GGCAGUUCGUCCCGCUGCCUGAGGUGAAGGAAGUGAAGGGCAGCCCCCGGCAGCGCAGCGGCUCCCGGGUCUUUAAAAGCAGCCCCUCUCCCAUCACCCUGACCCAGGCUGGAGGCAGCAGCCCCCUGCCCGGGACCAUCACCCCCGAGUCCACCACCCCCACCAGCAAGAGCACCCGCCGGAGCUUCUGGGACAUACUGAGUAAGCCAGAUUCAUCAGAGCUGGGCAGCCCAAAGACCACUGAUGACAUCGUGCAGGAGAAGGGAGAGGAGGGCAAAGCAGCCAGACGGAGGCACAAGACGGAGAGCGUGAAGCAGCAGUGGAGCCAGGAGAAGGCUCUCGCUGUGGAGCUGGAGCAGGCCCAGAGGAGGCAGGUGACCCAGUUGGAGGAGGGCGAUGCGGGCGCUCUGCACCCCGUCUACCAGCUCACCUGCCAGCCAUGGAUCACCUUCAUGGCUGAACUCGGGUGCCCCUCCAUCCAGCAGUGCACGGCUGACGUGGCUUCACACUUCCUGCUGCCCUCCAUCUUGGCAGAGAUUGUCAAUUUAGUCAGCUCCCUGGCAAAUGACACAACAGUGAAGGCUUUUGAAAAGACAAGGUGUCCAGCAUCUGGGGAAAUGUUUGUCCCCUGUCCUCUUGUCCAGACCCUCAGCCAGCCUCCAGACGCUACAAGGAGCUUCAUUCUCAUUGGCCGCAACUUCCACCAGUGGCACUGCAGCACAGAGCAAGAAGACUGUUCAGAUGAGGAAAACAUCGCAGUGCUAAAUAGGUUCACACCUCAUAAGGGCUUCCAGCGCUUCGAGGCUCUGGAGCACAGCGAUGGGUUCAGCCCCAGCCAGGCCGGGGCAGGACUGGCCCCCCGCCAGAGGUUCCUCUUCAUCUGCAUCGUGGACAAAAAGGUGACUCUGUACAGCUAUAACUGGUCUGUGGACCUGGGCUCCUCUCUGAACCGUGAGCUGCUCCGCCUGGUGAGGUGGCAGAACGCCCGGGCGCAUGUGGUGCACUGCCUGCUCAACCAGAAGAUGGGCCUCUUCCAUCACUACUGCUUCUCUGACGCACCCAUCCACGAGCUGGACUACAAGCAGGUAGAGACACAGAGCAAAGGGAACAUGUAGAACAAUAGACUAAUUCAGUUAGUUAGCAUUUAUUUGUUUCUUAAAAAUAUUGGUUAUUCCUAUUGCUGAUACUGAGUGAAAAUUGCCCUAGUU